UGGGUAUCUACCCAAAGUUUGACAACAAGUGCACAUCGCCAGAGGUUCACUUCCUCUCCAGGUGCUCUGCUGACUAACGAUUUGACUUCAGCCAGAGAAAGGACUGAAUGAGUCACACAUCCUGACUCACAUCACAUCCCAUCCAAACAUGACUCGGCUCAGUUGGACUGCUUGGGUUUUGUUAGUGAGCAUUUUGCAGAUUUCAGGUGAAACGAAAACUCUAAAAAAUUAUAAUUUCAUGGAUAUCAGAAAAUGUUUCCAGGAAAAAAAGAGUUUUGUAGUUGUCGAUAGUUUCUAUGGCAAUAUCAGUGCAAAACCCUACCGGAAUCAGACCCAAGUGAAUUGCACAGUAUUUGUAGAGACAAACGGAACUGAAUUGGAAAAUUAUACCAGAAGCAUUCAGGACACUUGGCCGAAAAUUAAAAGCAAUAGCAGCAUUUUGAAACUUCACAUUUCAAAAUGGCAUUUAGAUCAAGGCGGGCGUAUGUAUGUUCUGUAUGGGAAAUUCUGCAACCGCACACAAUUUAACUUUACAGGUUCAGACUGUGUCUUCAAUACCACAGACACAGAGUGUCAGAUUAGAUGUAUCAAUACAAGCACGGUGUGUAAAAAAUCUACCUACAGUGAAGAUUCCUGCCAUAACAUGGCUCCAGAUCUCCGGAAUGAUUACAUAAUCGACAUAAACUCAACAACCGCCAACUGUGUAAACUGUAACAAUCCAGUGAAAAAGCCUGAGGAGAAAAAAGUACUUAAUACAACACUUACUUCAGGAGGAGGAGAAAUUAAUGCUGCCAAAGCUGUUGAACUAAUAAAAGACUUAAGGAACUUGGCUGCCGACAUAAAUGGAUCUUCAGCUGAAAUAACUGUAGGAGAAGGAGUCAAAGGAGUUUUGGUGAAAGAAACACAUAAAGACGAAGUAGCGGAAGUAUUAUUUGCUUAUCAGUCUCCAAAUGACAGCAUAAAUAUUAUAGACAACACAGAAACUUUGAAAAAAUUUUCAAGAGCUGUUACGGUGCCAAAAGAAGCUUUUGAUAAAGCUGUUGCUCAAAACGUCAGUAUCCCAUUUGCAGCUGUUUUCCGAUUUAUUAAUAUGGCUAAGGAUGAGAAGAACAGUACUGUUUUAGGGAAUGAAGUUUUAGCUAUUGAGAUGGGAGCUACUAUCGCCAACCUCACAGACAACAUAAACAUUGUUUUUACAAAUAUGACAUAUAGAGGGAUACCGUCUUGUCAUUCAUGGAAUGGUGAAGGAAGUCUACCAAACUGGACGAGUGAUGGCUGUGUGACAUAUAUAACUGAACAUGGCAUUAGGUGUCAGUGUUCACAUUUGACAUUCUUUGCUGUCUUGAUGACUCCUCUUAAUGAAACCAUUUCAGCUUCUGAUUUUAAAAACCUCACAGUCAUCACCCAAGUUGGCUGUGGACUCUCCAUGUUCUUCCUCGCCAUAGUCCUCUUCAUGCACUUCCUUUCAAGGCGGAUCAAGGCCAGUAAUGCCACAAACAUCCUCAUCAACCUGGUGUGUGCCUUGUUCCUGCUUAACCUCACUUUCCUGGUCAAUAACUAUGUGGCGAAUCUGAACAACAGUGUGGGCUGUAAGAUCAUGGCGGCCCUAAUGCACUAUUUUAUGCUGGCCACUUUCACCUGGUUUGCUGCGCAGGCCUUCCACCUGUGUCUGAGCCUGUAUACAGGAGGGAAAAUCGCAAUCCAUCGCUACAUACUGAAAAUUGCCAUUACCAGCUGGGUACUGCCUUCAGUUAUUGGGAUUGUCCUGCUCAGCAUUGGGAAAUAUGGUGAACAAGUCAUCAGCUACCAAAACACUGGAAACGCUGCAGAUAAUGUGAUGAUGUGUUGGAUAACAGACAACAGUGUCCACUUAAUCAUCAACAUAGGCUACUAUGCUUUAGUCUUCCUCUUCACUUUUACCACCUUCAUCAUCAUGAUGUCCUGGCUCUGCUGUCUCAGGAAUGUCAAAGGAGCUAAAGCAAAAGGGGACCAAAGUAGCAUAAAUAUCAUAAGCGUCAUGGGCCUGUGUUUCAUGCUGGGCAUUACAUGGGGCUUUGCUUUCUUUGCCUAUGGUGUCUUCCAGGUCCCCGCGCUCUACCUUUUCACCAUCCUCAAUUCUUUCCAAGGUUUUUUCCUGUUCAUCUACUACUACAAAACCUCCCGCAUUCUACCUCCACCCUCUGAUGUGAAGUCAAGCAGCGUCAGUAACAUCACUGAUAAAACCAGUCUAAGCAGCUUUACAAACCCCUACUUUAGCUGAGCUAAAGAUACAGACACACUGAGACUGAAGACCCGUACCGUUAAGUGUAAACUGCUGUAUAACACUCUAAUAGUAAAUAACACACAUAGUCCCACUUAGGUUUGUUGAUAUUGUAAAUACAUGUUAGAAAAUGCCUUUACUGUUAAAGGUCUUAAUUUGUCCUGGAAGCAAUGAACUUUGAUAUUUUGACAAAAAGCAACAGAAUAUAAUAAACUUUUGUCCUUUUUUUAGCCAUUUUAAACUGUUAAUAGUUUUAUAUCUUUAGUCAAGCACUACAGACUAUAAUAAUAGCCAUGACUGACCAUAUCUCCACACAUAGGAUGUACCUAAAGUAGCAGGUGAGUGCCUUGAACUGCUGCCCUGCUGCCUCUGAUGUAUGAACAGGU